GUGUGUUUAUUCUUGAGAGUUUUUCCCCUAAACGACGUUAUCAAUUGAUUUCAUCAGAAGUUUCUUGUUAGCACCGAAGGCAAAAAUAAAAAAUCUCGGAAGCUCACACCUUUUUCAUACCCGUCAACCUUUCAUUGCGUUCUGCAAUGGAUUCCGGGAUUUUUCUCUAACAUUAUCGCAAAAACCCUUUUGAUUUCCAGACAAAGCCCUAGCAAAAGGAGAAGGCUUUGUCAAAAUUUCCCGAGAAAUCGAUCCAGUUUUCAGCGCUCUCCUCAGUUUUGCUUCGGGAAAAUCAGAAAGAUUCAUCCUUCUUUCCGACGGGUUAAUUCUGUCCUGGAUCGUGUUUGACUACUAUGCAUAGAUCUGGUGCUACAAUGGCGUGGAACGUGUUCAAAUUUUGUACGGCCUUGCGGGGUCUUGGAUCGAUCAUGAUCCUUCUUGUUCUGGGGGUCGUGGGUGUCACCUAUUACGCAGUCGUUUUGACCAAUUACGGGCCGGCUCUAUACGAUGGCGGGGUUGAUUCUCUCGUGGCUCUUGCUAUCCUACUCUUGUUUCAUUCUUUGUUGAUGAUGCUUUUGUGGAGCUAUUUCUCUGUUGUUUUUGCCGAUCCCGGUUCUGUGCCUCCUAACUGGAGGCCUGCCACUGAUGAAGAAAGAGGCGAGGCCGAUCCAUUAAACAGUAUGGAGUUCGGUGGAAUACAAUCCGAUUCUUCAAACCCGAGAAUUCGAUUUUGUAGAAAGUGCAAUCAGCCAAAACCUCCCCGUUGCCAUCACUGUUCUGUUUGUGGCCGGUGUGUGUUGAAGAUGGAUCAUCAUUGUGUUUGGGUUGUCAACUGUGUUGGGGCACUGAACUAUAAGUACUUUCUUCUAUUCUUGUUCUACACAUUUUUGGAGACGACCCUUGUGACUUUGGUCCUAAUGCCGCAUUUCAUAGCAUUUUUCAGCGAUGAAGAAAUACCUGGAACGCCAGGCACUCUUGCAACUACUUUUCUUGCAUUCGUUUUGAACUUGGCGUUUGCUUUGAGUGUUAUGGGGUUCUUAAUCAUGCACAUCUCACUGGUGGCUGCCAAUACCACAACUAUAGAGGCAUAUGAGAAGAAGACCAGUCCAAAAUGGCGGUAUGACCUCGGCAGAAAGAAGAACUUUGAACAGGUAUUUGGGAUGGACAAAAGAUACUGGUUCCUUCCCACAUACUCGGAGGAAGAUCUAAGGCGCAUGCCGGAACUGCAGGGCCUCAAAUACCCUUCAAAACCAGACUUUGAUUCCGAAGAAUUCUGAUGGAAACACGAUCUGAUAGUCGGUCUUUCAUGGUAGUAGACGUCGUGAUCAAUCUUCUGUAGCAGUAUUAGUGAGACAAAAAGAGAUAAAAGGGUGCGAAAGAGAGAGCGAGAGAGACCCGGAAAUGACUUCCACAAAGGAAUCCUACUGACUUGUAAGCUGAUGCCCGCUUUCCACGGCGUUUGUCCCAAGAAGACAGGAACACAGAAUCGAAGGGCAAGCAUUCAGUUUGAUCACUUUCGCCGGGGAAAUAAGAAUUUAGUUGUCAUUGCUCCAUGUUUUAUUUUAUCUUGAAUAGUUGAUACGUUCUUUUUAUACACUUGGAGAUGUAGAGCCACUCUUGUAUGGAAAAAGAAAAAAACAAAACUUUUGUUUGAUCACUGAGUUCCUUCGGCCA